AUGGCACCACCACGGCGCAAGGUUCUCGCAACAGCAGAAGAAACCUUGACUCCUCCAGACGAGCUCCAACAAGGUCAGCAAAUCGCGCGAGUCAUCAAGGCAAUGGGAAACAAUUUAUAUGUGGUCGAAUUGCCAUCAAAAGACACGGUUUUGGUCGAGCUACCUUCCCGCUUCCGUUCACGAAUCUGGAUGAAACGCAAUUCCUACGUCGUGGUCGACACCAACGCUCUUGAGGACCGGGACAACAAGCUUGCUGGGGAGAUUGUUAAUAUUGUUCGGGAUGAGAAAGCCUGGCGCAAGGCUCCAUUUUGGCCAAAGGAAUUUGUCAAGCAAUCUACCGUUGUUGCAUCGGAUUCAGAGGAGGAGGAAGAGUCAAAUAUGGGCAAGAUGCCUCCCUCGGACGACUCCGAUGCUUGA